AUGAGCAUUCUACGCUGCAAUGGAGGCCUCUCUUGGGCUCUCCGUUCUUGUCAAUCUCGCAGAGUCCUGCCGAUAACUCGCUCCCCGUCAACAAUAUCCUUUCCCCGUCGCACAUUCCAUGCUGCUCCGGCUCUGUGGGGGGUCAAGUCUCAGAUCCUGAAGGAUGUUGGCGAAGGGAUCACGGAAGUUCAGAUCAUCCAAUGGUACGUCGAGGAAGGCGCCCAUAUAGAGGAGUGGAAACCUCUCUGCCAGUAUCAAUCGGAUAAGGCAGUGGAUGAUAUUACCUCGAGGUACGAAGGCAUUGUUAAGAAGCUUCACUUCCAAGCAGAUGACACUGUCCCCACAGGAAGGGCUCUGUGUGAUAUAGAGGUUGAGGAUGGAAAAUAUCCAGAGGAUAACCCACCACCUGAGCCAGCACCAGCACCGGCGCAACCUAGCCCUGCUCCUGCACAGGCUGAGACAAAACAACCCUCGGUAGAAGUGGCUGCUACUACCCAGAAGCCAGAAGCUCCGAAGAAUGGUUCACGAUAUGCAACUCUUGCCACCCCGGCCGUCCGCGGGAUGCUGAAGGCCCAUAAUGUGAAUAUACUAGACAUUCCAGGGACAGGGAAAGACGGACGAGUCCUCAAAGAAGAUGUCCUUCGGUUUGUGACAGUGCGGGACUCUGCACCUACGUCGCAACCUACAACCCCUACAAUCCCUACAACCCCUGUGUCACAGCAGUCAGAUACAGCGGUCAACCUGACACCAAUUCAGUCACAAAUGUUUAAGACCAUGACACGGUCGCUCAACAUCCCUCACUUCCUAUUUGCAGAUGAGCUAAACAUCAACAAUAUCACUGCUCUGAGAAAGAAACUGGCCAAUGAUCCGAAGGACCCCAGGAGAAUUACCUUCCUCUCCUUCGUUAUUAAAGCCGUCUCUCUAGCCCUAAAUGAAUAUCCAAUCUUGAACGCCAAGGUUGACACAAGCAAUCCCGACAAGCCACAACUCAUCAUGCGGCCCAGACACAAUAUUGGUGUUGCAAUGGAUACACCGCAAGGCUUGAUUGUGCCAAAUGUUAAAGAUGUUGCCAACCGGUCUAUUGAAGAUGUUGCAGCAGAAAUCUCCCGUCUGAGCGCCUUAGGUAAAGAAGGGAAGCUCACUCCAGCCGACCUGAGUGGCGGAACAAUCACCGUCUCAAAUAUAGGAAAUAUUGGGGGUACCUAUGUCGCACCAGUGAUUGUGUCCAAUGAAGUGGCUAUCCUGGGUGUUGGAAAAUCCAAGACGGUACCAAUCUUCGAUGAGGCGGGUCAGGUUACCAAGGGUGAAUUGGUAAAUUUCAGCUGGAGUGCAGAUCACCGAGUCGUGGACGGCGCGACUAUGGCUCGGAUGGCCAAUAAAGUCCGGGAAUGUAUCGAAUCCCCAGAGUUGAUGCUUCUAAAGCUACGGUAG